GCGACACAGCGGGCGGACCCCAGGCCGGCGCGGGGCUGUGCCGGGACGGGAGAGCAUCCUCCUGGCGGGGGUCACCUGCUGAAGCUCCUCCUGACAACACGUUUGUCGCGUUUGGUGUUUCGAGGAAGAAUGAUGCAGAACGUGCACCUAGCUCCUGAGGAAGACGAGGAUGAUCUUUACUCUGGCUACAAUGAUUAUAAUCCCACUUUUGACACAGAGGAUUUAGAAAAUGAUACAGCUUUUCAACAGGCAGCAAGAACAAGUCAUGGUAGAAGACCCCCUGUGACAGCCAAAAUUCCUGGUACAGCAACUUCAAGACCUAUAGAUACUGCAUUUGGGGAUGGGGUUUCUCGGCCAAUGACAGCAGUACAAGCUGCAGGCUACACUAAGGCAGCUAUCAGAGGUUCUUUAUUUGAUCCUCUUGGCCAAGCAAGAGGUCCUGCUCCACCUCUGGAAAUGAAAAAUCCAGACAGCUCAGAAGAGAAGAUUAGGCAGUUAGAAAAAAAAGUGAAUGAACUGGUUGAAGAAAGUUGCAUUGCCAACAGCUGUGGAGACUUGACAUUGGCUCUGGAAAAAGCAAAAGAAGCUGGAAGAAAGGAAAGAGUAUUAGUGAGGCAACGUGAACAAACUGCUACUUCAGAAAGCAUCAACUUAGAUCUCACUUACUCAGUUCUUUUCAAUCUGGCCAGUCAGUAUGCUGCUAAUGAAAUGUAUGCUGAAGCACUAAACACUUACCAAGUUAUAGUGAAGAAUAAGAUGUUCAACAAUGGAGGUAGACUGAAGGUCAAUAUGGGAAAUAUAUAUUUAAAACAGCGGAACUAUUCCAAAGCGAUCAAAUUCUACCGCAUGGCUCUAGACCAGAUUCCUAGUGUCCACAAAGACAUGAGGAUUAAAAUAAUGCAAAAUAUUGGAGUUGCAUUUAUUAAAACUGGCCAGUACAUGGAUGCCGUUUCUUCAUUUGAACACAUAAUGAGCUUGUCCCCAAACCUGAAGGCAGGCUUCAACCUGCUCGUAUGUUACUUUGCUAUUGGAGACAGCGAACAAAUGAAAAAAGCAUUCCAAAAACUGAUUGCGGUUCCCUUGGAAGUGGAUUAUGAUGACAAAUACGUUUCACCAAAUGAUGAUCCACAUACAAAUCUACUGCUUGAAGCCAUCAAAAAUGACCGUUUAAGACAAAUAGAACGUGAGAGGAAGUCCAUGGCAGAGGAUUAUAUCAUGGCAGCUGCUAAACUGAUAGCACCAGUCCUUGAGCCAUCUUUUGCUGCGGGCUAUGACUGGUGUGUUGAAGCAGUAAAAGCUUCCCACUACGUAGAGUUAGCCAAUGACCUGGAGAUAAAUAAAGCCUCUACUUAUCUGAGACAACGGGAUUUUAACCAGGCACUGGAGGCUUUCAAAAUGUUUGAGAGAAAGGACAGCAGAGUAAAGAGUGCAGCUGCAACAAACCUUUCGUUCCUUUAUUAUUUGGAGAAGGAAUUGGCACAAGCAACAACCUAUGCAGAUUUAGCUGUCAGUUCUGAUAGGUACAACCCAGCAGCACUAACUAACAAAGGAAAUACUGUUUUUGCAAAUGAAGACUUUGAAAAAGCAGCUGAGUUUUAUAAAGAGGCUCUCAGGAAUGAUUGCUCUUGCACUGAAGCACUGUAUAACCUUGGUUUAACACACAAGAAGUUGAACAGAAUAGAUGGGGCUUUGGAUUGUUUCCUGAAACUCCAUGCAAUACUUGGAAACAGUGCUCAGGUCCUUCACCAAAUAGCAGCCAUCUAUGAAAUCAUGGAAGAUCCCAAUCAAGCCAUAGAGUGGCUCAUGCAGUUGAUCAGUGUAGUACCAACUGACCCACAUGUGCUUUCAAAACUAGGGAAAUUAUAUGACAAGGAAGGUGAUAAAUCCCAAGCCUAUCAUUACUACUAUGAGUCGUACCGUUAUUUCCCUUCAAACAUUGAGGUCAUUGAAUGGCUUGGAGCCUAUUGCAUUGACACCCAGUUUUGUGAAAAAGCCAUUGAGUACUUUGAGAGAGCAGCACUUAUCCUUGUGCCCAACUUUGUCUUCUUGAUGUGCAGACCUACCCAAGUGAAGUGGCAGCUGAUGGUUGCCAGUUGCUAUCGGAGAAGCGGUAACUACCAGAAAGCUCUAGAGAAGUACAAAGUCAUUCACCAAAAAUUCCCAGAGAACGUUGAAUGCCUCCGAUUUUUAGUUCGUCUCUGCACAGAUAUGGGACUGAAAGAAGUCCACGAGUAUCUGACAAAACUGAAGAAAGUGGAAAAAUUAAAGGAGAUAAGAGAGCAGCCCAUUAAAUCUGGCAGAGAUGGCAGUGCACGUAACCGCAGGGAAGGAAGUGCUGGUGGAGCAUUCAGUCUCAGAACUGACCUCGAACUUGUCCUAGCAGUAAUUCUUCAUGUGAUGCUCAAGAUACAGUGUCAAAUUUGUGAAAGAAUGGAAAAAAGCAUUUGGGGAACAAGCCUGUAUUAAGAGUGUGUUUGAGAAGCCUCUGUUGUAUGAAGUCAGUGGCAAAGAUCCAGCCUGCCUGGAAAUAACUCGGAAAACAAGCAGAGGUACAAAGAAGGUUCUGUAUUGAACCUGGAAUAAAAUUUUUGUUGAGAUUCCUGAUUAAAAGUUGUGGUGAGUGUGUGUAUGUAUGUCUGUAUAUCAUACAUAUGCAUCUUGUAUGGUGUGUAUUUAGAUAAAUAUAUAUUUUUAUACAUGUAUCUAUCUGUAUCUCAGUGGAGUCAAAGGCAUGGCAUCUUUUUGACAUGGGGAACAUGAUCAGUGAAGAAGUUGUGGCAACAACGUGAAGGAUUACACUGUAGCUUGUCUACCGUGUGCUGAGGAAGAUGAAGGGAAAGCCAAAGACUAAACCAUCAUUUUAGCCAGUGUUUGGCAUUAUUUCUGGGUUAUGAAUCUGUAUUUUUCAGCCUAAGAAGUGUCUGCAAACAGCUUGCGUGGAGACGCACGUGAAGUAUAAAUGAGGAUUACUUUAUUUCAAGAUCUUAAUGCGCAUUGGAAAUACUGCUGUCUUCAUUGCCAGAAAAUAAACAUUUGUACACGUUUGGAGUUUCAUCUCUUACAGUGUUGUUGCCAAGACCAAAAGGGAUAAUUUUCCUUCAUGGCACGGGAGAUUUGUCAUCAUUACUGACUCCACGGAGGCGUGGAAUCAUGCUUAGUUCAUGACUUGGUAGCUAAAUGAAAGUACUUGCUAGCUAAUGGAAGUGCAUAUGCAUUCCCAGUAUUUUAGAUACGAUGCGUGUUUUUCUUUCUUUCCUCUUACCAGCCCUGUGCCUGGCAUCCCUAGGAGAAGUUCUUUCUGCAAGUAUUUCUCCCCUGUACUUGUAGUAGGAGCAUUAAUAGUUCAGACUUCCUUGUUGUAGGAAAUGUUACUUAAAAGUGCUCAGUGAAGGAAGCUGAAAGAGAAGCCAGCAAGGUGUGUGCUUAGAACCUUGCUUUGUCAACAUGAAUUAACACAGAAGAAGCACGAGAUGCACCAAAGCAUACUUUGAAGACUACAAAUAGAAUAUGCAUGGACAGUGCAAGGAGUGGAAGGAAAUGGACCCAAAAAACUCACAUGUGUGUGAGCGUCAGUAUAAAGCCUACUCUUGUGUGGUGAGAGGAAAAGAAGCAUUACGUCUGAAGUGCUUACCCACAUCUGAACACAUUUGUUCGAUAAGCGCGAAAAGUUUCUUCUCUACGUGAAUAUCAGAUUGAUGGCUUGUGAUCUUUUUCCUUCACAUUAGAAGGAGAUUGCAUCAGUACAUACCUUUAACAUUUUUGGUGAUUAAAGAAAAA